AUGACAAUUUUCCGCCUGAUCGAUGUGGCUCUCCUGUUCUAUACGGCUCAGCAGCCGAUGAUCUUCGAGAAUAUUUUGGUUCGUUUCGGUGUCGUACAGUGUGGACCAGCACUAUCGGCUCAAGACAACGCCAGAUGUGAGUGGAGCCUUUUGUUUUUAUCAAGUUUCCUGGAUCUGAAUCAGGCUUCUUAA